GUGAGUGAGAGAGAGAGAGAGGAGUGAGAGGAAGGAGUGAGAGUGGAGGCUCGGGCCGCCUGGAGAGACAGUGACCGGGAGCCUGAGGACAGGCCGCGGGUCAGCGACCGGCCACCAUGUCCUUCCGGGAUCUCAGGAACUUUACGGAAAUGAUGAGAGCCCUGGGGUACCAUCGGCUGAUCUCCAUGGAGAAUUUCAGGACUCCCAACUUCCCAUUAGUAGCAGAAAUUCUCGUCUGGCUUGUGAAGAGAUAUGAACCACACACUGAUAUCCCAACAGAUGUGGAUAUGGAACAGGACCGUGUGUUCUUCAUCAAAGCUGUAGCUCAAUUCAUGGCUACCAAAGCCCACAUUAAGCUGAACACUAAGAAGUUGUAUCAGGCGGAUGGAUAUUCAGUGAAAGAGUUGCUGAAAAUCACCACAGUGUUGUACAAUGCAAUGAAGACCAAGGGCAGAGAUGCAAGUGAGGACACUGAGGAGGACACCAACAAAUUUAAAUUUGACCUGGGAUCCAAGAUUGCGGACUUGAAAACUGCUAGACAGUUGGCCUCUGAGAUCACCUCCAAAGGGGCAACAGUAUUUGAUUUACUGGGAAAGGAGGUAGAUUUGAGGGAGAUGAGGACAGCAGCGAUAGCUCGGCCUCUCGAAAUCAAUGAGACGGAGAAGGCACUGAGAGCGGGAAUUAAAGGUAUUAUGGAACAAGUUCAGAAGACAAAGGAGCUCCUGAACAACGUGGCGUCUGAUGAGGCCAAUCUGGAGGCCAAGAUCGAGAAGAAAAAACUGGAGCUGGAGAGAAGCAAGAAGCGGCUGCAGACGCUGCAGAGCGUGAGACCUGCCUUCAUGGACGAGUACGAGAAGAUGGAGGAGGAGCUGCAGCGUCACUACGAGAUCUACGUGGAGAAGUUCCGCAAUCUCUGCUACCUGGAGCAGCAGCUGGACGACCUGCAUCGCAUGGAACAGGAGCGGUUUGAGGAAACCGAAAACACCCUGCGCCUAAUGCAAAAUAAACUAAAGGAGGAAGAAAAGCGUCUGAUGAAGAACCCAGGGAAGGACGAUUACUCUGAUACGGAAAUCCCAGAUGAUGAAGGAUCUGACAGUGACCUGGAGGACAGGCGGCCAUUAAAACCAAGGCUCAGUCGGGAGCCACCUAUCCAGGGGAGAGGAGGCGGCCGAAUAGUUGGGACAAUGCAUGGCGGUGACACUGAAGACGAGGAUGACUCUGAUGAUAGUGAGAUUGAUGUGGAGGAUGAGGAUGAAGAUGAAGUUGCUGAAGAUGAUGACGACAGUGUUGACAUCCAGGCAGAGAAAGCACCACGACGAGUGCACAAGCAGGAGCCGCUGGAGGAAAGUGACAAUGACUUCUAGUCCUAGAGCAGUUUGGAGUUAGCGUUAUGCUAAAUAAAUUGGUCCUUUGUUUCAUGGCUGGUUGUCAGACAUUGCUGUGUGCAAUUGGGCUGCCAUGUUUGCUUACAAAUAUAGUCACUCCAUUUCGCAGUAAAAUCCUGUGAAGUACUUUGAGACAUCCUCCCAUUUGGCACUACACCAAAUGCAAGGAUUAUCAUCACACCAUCAUCUUGUGCAGGGAGUCAUGUUUAGGAAGUAAACCAAUACCAUUUUCUGUGCUUACCAUUCCAUCCUGUUUGUAUCCUGCAUGUGUGUUAUACAGUCAAUGUUUUCACAACUGAUCAGAAUAACUUCACUGAGUAGGAAGUUCAUAUUUGCUUUAAAUUAAAAUUAUUUAUAUUCAUUCCAA